GCCGGGGGCGGGAGAGGCGCGGGCGGCACCGCGUUCCGGGCGGAGCGGAGCCACAUUGGGCAGCGCCGCGCGGGCUUCUGGGAGAAGGGGCCGUCCCCGCCACCGCCCCCCGCCCGUCCUCCGGCCAAGAUGUCUGACAUGGAGGAUGAUUUCAUGUGCGAUGAUGAGGAGGACUACGACCUGGAAUAUUCUGAGGACAGCAAUUCUGAACCAAAUGUGGAUCUGGAAAAUCAAUACUACAAUUCCAAAGCUUUGAAGGAAGAUGAUCCCAAAGCAGCAUUAAGCAGUUUUCAGAAGGUAUUGGAGCUCGAAGGUGAAAAAGGAGAAUGGGGAUUCAAAGCUCUGAAGCAGAUGAUUAAAAUAAACUUUAAAUUGACUAACUUCCCUGAAAUGAUGAAUAGGUACAAACAGCUACUGACCUACAUACGGAGUGCAGUUACAAGGAAUUACUCUGAAAAAUCCAUCAAUUCUAUUCUUGAUUAUAUCUCUACUUCCAAGCAGAUGGAUUUGCUUCAGGAAUUCUAUGAAACAACACUUGAAGCUCUGAAAGAUGCUAAGAAUGAUAGAUUGUGGUUUAAGACAAACACAAAGCUUGGCAAAUUAUAUUUAGAAAGAGAAGAAUAUGGAAAGUUACAAAAGAUUUUGCGUCAGCUGCAUCAGUCGUGCCAGACUGAUGAUGGGGAAGAUGAUCUAAAAAAAGGUACUCAACUAUUGGAAAUCUAUGCUUUGGAAAUUCAAAUGUAUACAGCACAGAAAAAUAACAAAAAGCUUAAAGCACUAUAUGAACAGUCAUUGCACAUCAAGUCAGCCAUUCCUCAUCCGCUGAUCAUGGGAGUUAUCAGAGAAUGUGGAGGCAAAAUGCACUUAAGAGAAGGAGAGUUUGAAAAGGCACAUACUGAUUUUUUUGAAGCAUUCAAGAACUAUGAUGAAUCAGGGAGCCCCAGAAGAACCACUUGCUUAAAAUACUUGGUCUUAGCGAACAUGCUCAUGAAGUCUGGAAUAAAUCCAUUUGACUCUCAGGAGGCUAAACCAUACAAAAAUGAUCCAGAGAUUCUAGCAAUGACGAAUUUAGUAAGUGCCUAUCAGAAUAAUGACAUCACUGAAUUUGAGAAGAUUCUGAAAACAAAUCACAGCAACAUCAUGGACGAUCCCUUCAUAAGGGAGCACAUUGAAGAGCUUUUGCGAAACAUCAGAACACAAGUGCUUAUAAAAUUAAUUAAGCCUUACACAAGAAUACAUAUUCCUUUUAUUUCUAAGGAGUUAAACAUAGAUGUAGCUGAUGUGGAAAGCUUGCUUGUGCAGUGCAUAUUGGAUAACACUAUCCAUGGCCGAAUUGAUCAAGUCAACCAGCUCCUAGAACUGGAUCACCAGAAGAGAGGUGGUGCCCGGUAUACUGCGUUAGAUAAAUGGACCAACCAACUAAAUUCUCUCAACCAGGCUGUAGUCAGCAAGCUGGCCUAACAGAAAACAAGCUUCUACAAACUACUUAAGGCAACAGUGCAGUGAUGUAAACCUUAAAAGAACUGGGAAUGGCAAAACUACUGUCGGUUGGUGUGCCCUGAAAUUAUUGGAGUUAUGGCAGAAGUGCUUUUUUGAUCAGCUGGUUUGUGUUUUGCUGCUGCAUUUAUCCCAAGAAAAAAACAGCUUUAAUCUCCAGAAGAAAACCAAAAUGCCACGGGAUUUAUGCUGUAUUGACAUCUUGCCCUAAACAUACAACAUCCUAGUAAUUUGUCAAGGGGCAAUUGAUGACCAGAGAGAAGAUUUUUGUCAUGAUUUUAAAUACACUGACACAUUACUGUUGGUUAAAUUUAAACAUGUUUUACCUGCAGAAAUUCUCUCACAGAAAUAACCUGCAAUAACUUGAAAUGCAUACCCUUUUGAACACUUCCUUUUCUCAUGUAUAAAUUGAAAUGUUUGCUGCAUUUUGCAAAAUGUCAAUUCUCCAAAAAUGUGUCCGUAUAUUUCUGUACCUGCAGUGUAGUAAAGGUUUAGAAGAGACCCCAUAAUUAUAGUGGCAUACUGUCACUUAGGUUUCAAGCAGCAAAAUAAACAGUGCAGUUCAGAAAUUGUA